CCGUGGUGCCGUCUCGCCGGCGCCGGUAAAAGGAGCUUCGUGGCCGGCAGAGUGAGGGUGGUUGCUGCGUUUCUGGGGACCUUCGUCCGCGAUACAGUAGUGCGGCCAUGGCAGAACCGCAGCCCGCGUCCGGCGGCCUUACCGACGAGGCCGCCCUCGGCUGCUGCUCCGACCCGGACCCCAGCACCAAGGAUUUUCUCUUGCAGCAGACCAUGCUGCGAAUUAAGGAUCCUAAGAAGUCGUUGGAUUUUUAUACUAGAAUUCUUGGAAUGACACUACUCCAAAAAUUAGAUUUUCCCACUAUGAAAUUUUCACUCUAUUUCUUGGCUUAUGAGGAUAAAAAUGACAUCCCAAAAGAUAAAGAUGAAAGAGUAGCAUGGGCAUUCUCCAGAAAAGCUACACUUGAACUGACACACAAUUGGGGCACUGAAGAUGAUGAGACCCAGAGUUACCACAGUGGCAAUUCAGACCCUCGGGGAUUUGGUCACAUUGGAAUUGCUGUUCCUGAUGUUCACGGUGCUUGUAAAAGAUUUGAAGAACUGGGAGUCAAAUUUGUGAAGAAACCUGAUGAUGGUAAAAUGAAAGGCCUGGCAUUUAUUCAAGAUCCUGAUGGCUACUGGAUUGAAAUUUUGAAUCCUAACAAAAUGAUAACUAUUAUUUAGUUCUGUGAGAAUGUUGCUUUGAGAUUUCAGUGAAGACAUUGUGGAAGGUAAAAAAGGAGACAAUGUGAUUCAAGAUAUUCAGUUAACAGAAGCAUCUAGGACUGAUGGAUUAUUGUCUCAAUUAAAAUUAUUCUUAAGUCCAUUUCCCUUUCCUAUCUCAGCUAUGUUUUUCACCUAACUGUUCAGUCAUUCUAGUUUUAAAGUAGUGCUUUGUCUUAUGUCCUUGAAUGUAGUUGUAUGACUACUUUUUUAGGCAAUAAUUAGAACAAUUCCCUUCAGAGGCUGCAUUUGCCUUCUAUCUUCUGAAGAGAUACAAGUCUACAAGUCUGCCUUUGAAUCAUCAUUUUCAAAAAAAAAAAACCACUUAAUAUGUUUUUGUUGUGAUUACCUUCUGGGGUUUCAGUUCCUCAGAAGUAACUUCAGAAUGGGAAGUAAAGAACCCCGAACAAAAAUGAAGCUUCAUGUAUAUUUCAAAUAGUAUAAAGUUUAUUUUACAAAAGAAAAGUUACUCUUGGGAGAAAUUCAGAAUUAUGCUGACAAGGAUGUGGAUAGAAAAACUAAUUUCUUCUUCUUUACAAAGUACUUUGAAAGUUGAAGGACUAACCUCUUUAUUUUGGGAUGGGGAAGAGGAUGGGAAUAUUACAUACUGGGUAUGCAGACACGGACUAGGCUGUCACAUACUUUAUCUCCCUUAAUCCUCCACAGUAUGCUGUGAGAUAGAAAGUAGGCUGGACAUGCAAAAUAACUUUAAUGAAUCCAAGGCAAUAUAAAUAGGCUAAGGACUCAAGAUCUCAUCAUCAUUUUUAGUAUUUAGAUUAUAUCUCAAAAAUUAGUUACCUUGGGGCUUCCCUGGUGGCGCAGUGGUUGAGAAUCCGCCUGCCAAUGCAGGGGACACAGGUUCAAGCCCUGGUUCGGGAAGAUCCUACAUGCCACAGAGCAACUAAGCCCGUGUGCCACAGCUACUGAGCCUGCGCUCUAGAACCCGUGAGUCACAACUACUGAAGCCUGCGUGCCUAGAGGCAUGUGCUCCGCAACAAGAGAAGCCACCGCAAUGAGAAACCCGCGCACUGCAACAAAGAGUAGCGCCCGCUCACCACAACUAGAGAAAGCCCGCGUGCAGCAACAGAGACCCAAUGCAGCCAAAAAUAAAAUAAAUAAAUUUAAAAAAAAAUUAGGACUUCACAAUACCUCCUUCCCUAGUGUUCUUUGUAAAAACUUUCAAAGAGUUUGAGCAUUGUUCUCUCAGCUUUCAAGCCCGAGUACCACGGUGAGGAAGAAGCAGUGGAGGAAGUCUGGAGUAUGCGGCUGCUCUGGGGAUGCCUGGUUGUCCCUGUGCAACUGGUGCUUGUGUUACUUGUGAAGAGCCCCUACCCCAAGGUCUUCCAGAUGCCAGUAAUCAUUUAGGAUAAAUUAUGUUCAGUGAUAACAACUUAGUUAUCAGAAAUCAGCUCAGUGGUCUUCCCUGGUGGCACAGUGGUUGAGAGUCUGUCUGCCAAUGCCGAGGACACGGGUUCGGGCCCUGGUCUGGGAGGAUCCCACAUGCCGCGGAGCAACUGGGCCCGUGAGCCGCAGUUGCUGGGCCUGCGCGUCUGGAGCCUGUGCUCCGCGGCGGGAGAGGCUGCGAUAGUGAGAGGCCUGCAAUGGUGGGGGGCCCGCGCACCGCGGUGAAGAGUGGCCCCCGCUUGCCACGGCUGGAGAGGGCCCUCGCACAGAGGCGAAGAUCCAACACAGCCAUGGAUGGAUGAAUAAAAAAAAAAAACAAAAAAAAAACAAACUGAUUUUGAAAAUCUCUUAUGGCACAGAUAAUAAGAACAUCCAGUUUGUGGUUUAACUACAUUUGGAUUUUUUGUGGACUCUAGUGGAAGACCUUUGGGUAGGCCUUGCCUACUGUGCUUACACUGCUAGAAGCACUUUCAUUUCCUUUUUGGAUGGAAUGGAUUUAUGUGAGCAGUUCAAACAAAUAGCAGUACUUAUAGACUGUAGUAAAAUAAAAUUUUAGAAAA